UGCGGCCACAACACCACUUCAGCAACUGUCAACGCGAAACAUCCAUUUCUGUACGGCGGUAAAGAACGAGGCGCCAAUCCUACCAGACAUUCCGAGGGACAAGCACGUUUUUACCGCAUCAUUCCCGCGCCAUUUCUCUUAUGCUGCUUAUGAGUAUAGGAGUGUUAGAGAAAUCCUGAAUACCACCAUCUGAAAGUUGUACUAAAUUCCGAGAGCGUUGAAGGAGAAGAAGUCAACAAAUGCCCAUGUGUUGCUUGGCUAUUCGCCUUGUCUAGCUGUGUAGCGACACCCCCGCCGCCGCCAUGCAGCAUCUGUAUGUUACAAACCUGACGCGUCGCUGGACUCACGAGUCGCUGCUGAAGCUAUUCGAUACCUUCGGUAAAGUGUUAGAUCUCACAUGGACAGCGGAAACUGGGUGUGCUUUUGUGGAGUAUUCCCAGGCACGGGAGGCGGAGUUAGCUGUGGAGCAAUUACAUGGACGCGAGUUUUAUGACCACAACAUAUCCGUGAUACAGGCAGAAAAACCGCUGAGCAGGACAAGUGUGAGCAGUCAACAGCAACACAGUCAAGCAUUGCAUCAGCCGGACCUUGCCUUGCUGUCAGACGGUUUCGCUAUCGCCGAUUCCAUUCCAUUUGUUCAAUCCAGCCGUUCCCAGCACUCCAUAGCAGCAGCGCUGCACGAGACUGGAAAUCGCCCUGCUGCCACUGGCAGCACUACAUCUAUUAGUGCAGCAGGCUAUGGCAAGGAUGUGGCGGAUUCCAGCAACAGCAACAAGGUGGCUAGUAGUACCACAGGUUCCAGUGAUGCUACAAAGAAGAAAGAACCAAGUCUUCAGCAGCAGCAGCAGCAGCAGCUACAGCCAGCACCUAAUACUAAUGGAACUGGAAAGAAUGCGCGUCUCUCAGCUCAAGGCACAACGUCUCCAGCUGUUAGUGGCAUCAUGGGGGGAGAAGGAGGAGUAGGAGGAAGCAGCAGCAGCAACGCAGGUGCAGCAAGUACCGCCAAUGUUAUAUCCGCUACUGGCAGCAGCAAAAGCACGGCUAUUCCUUCUCUUGCUUCGGAUGUUGUCUUGUCUUCCAACACUAUAGGCAAUGUUAGCAGCGUGGCAGCAGUAACAGAUAUAACUCAGACGCCCUUGCAGCAGAAACAAGAAGAGAAUCCAGCAGAGCGUGGUCGUGAUGCCAGUCAUGCUACUACUGGUCAUGCUGAUACCAAGGAGAGCUCCCGACAUGACAAGAGCAAGAUGAAACACACAAGCAGUAAAGCUGCUCACGGCGGAAGUGGCGGGGAUGCUUGGAUCCAAGGUCCUCAUUAUCAACCGAGUCAGGUGGCGCAUCACCCUGGAGAUCCAUCUCAGGCCUCCGGCAUGGGUAGACACACAGCACGCGGCGGCAGCAGCAGUCAUCCUCCUUUCCCAGGAGUGGAUCCAAAUCAAAUGCAAUGGGUGCACUCUCAGUUUGGCCAGCAGCAGCAGCAGCAACAGGUUCCUGGUGCUGCAUUGAGAGGUUCUGCUGGCAUGGAUUCACUUGCUGCACACGGGCCCUUUGAAAACAUGCAGAAGCAAAUGGAAAGUGCACUGCCAGUGGCUGGAUCAGGCAACGCUCCUAACUCUCUUGCUACUAGUGGCAUGGAUAGACCGCAACAUAUGACUUUGGAGUAUAACCAACCGGGAUCAUCAGCUUACAGUCUGUACGACUACACAGGAAGUACGACUGCUGCUGCUGCUCCUGCUCCAGGUGCCUAUCAGACUGCAGGUGGAAGUUCUAGUGCUGCUGCUGGUGGUGGUGGUACUGCUGGUCCUGGUGGUGAUCAUGCAAUGCAAUUUGAUCAGCAUGGUCAUCCGCACUCACAACAAUCAUUUCAUCAUUUCAACGCCAGCUCCCCUAAUCAUCAGCAUCAUCAGCCUCAUCAGCAACAACAGCAGCGUCCGCCAUCUUUUGCACACUCCCAGCAGCAACAGCAGCCAAUGCGUAAUGACUACCAUGGUGUUAUGCAGACAGGAUUUGAAGGGUAUGGCCAACCACCCAACUAUCCCGUAGUGGGUGGCCAUGGAUUCAUUGGAAAUGGUGCCUAUGGCAACGGUCGCAUGAAUGGAGGAAAUUUGGUUAGUAGCAGUCUUGGCCGUAGUGGUUCCGUGUCAAGCAAUGGACCAUUAGAUGGAUCUGGUCCUGGAUCUGCUUCCGGUCAGCUUCUCUCUUCAGCACCAGGCCAGCAGCAGAGUGCUGCAGCAGCUGCCGCCGCCGCUGCUGCAGGAGCAACGGGCAGUCAGAGUGCCGGCCAUUCUCACUGUGACUUCCCACUCAGAAUCCUUGUGCCAAGUGAAAUGAUUGGCGCUAUCAUUGGUAAAGAGGGCCAUACAAUUCGAGCUAUCACAGAGCACACCGGUGCUAGGGUGGAUGUGCACCGCAAAGAGAAUCCCGGUGCGGCAGAAAAGGCUAUCACCAUCAUUGGCACACCAGAUGCUUGCUCAGCUGCUAGCAAAUCUAUUGGCGAGAUCAUGCAGAAAGAAGCCAUGACUAACUCCUCAUUCCACACUGAUAAGUGUCAAGGUCCUCAUGGUAACCUGCCAUGUAUUGCACUCAAGAUCUUGGCACAUAACAAUCUUGUUGGCCGUGUCAUCGGCAAGAAUGGCAACACACUAAAGAAGAUCAUGUCUGAGUCUGACACGAAGAUCACAAUAUCUAAAUUGUCAGAGUUGACAGCAGCCAAUAUGGAGCGGACUAUCACCGUAGUGGGUACAAUCAUUUGCAGUUCUAAUGCCGAGUCACUCAUCUCCAUGAAACUGCGCGCAAGUUAUGAAUGCGAUAUGAAUCAUCUUAUUCCGCAACAACAUCCCUUGCCAAGCCCUAUGUACCCCAGCACAGCAUCAUCAGUCAGACAGUCUUCAUCUACACCUGUAUCUCCUGGUAUAGUCUCCCCAGACUUGAUGAUGGGCGGUGGUUUUGCAGAUGAUGCAGCAUAUUUGCAGUCACCCUCAGCUACGGGUGGUAGUGCUAGCGCUGCUGCUGCUGCUGGCACAUCUGCACAGAUUGAGAUUGUUCACCUAGCUGUGCCAAGCACUGCUGUUGGAGCUAUCAUUGGCACAAAAGGCAAAGAGAUACGCAACAUCUCUCAGCUCUCCGGUGCCACUCUCAGGAUAUCUCGUAGCUGUGAUGACAGUACGGAGAGAAUUGUCACAAUCCAAGGUCAUCAAGAAGCGCAAUGGGCGGCCCAGAACUGUAUCUACAACAAGGUGCGAGAAGAGUGUUUUCCCAACCAGUCUGGUGGAGAUGAGAUGCAGCUGCGUGUAGAACUGACAGUUCCAGCUGGCACCGUUGGUCGUAUCAUUGGUAAAGGUGGCACUGCGGUACGCGAGUUACAACGUAAGACAGGUGCAAUGGUGGAAGUACCACGUGGACAACAAUCGGAGAAUGUCACGGUACGCAUACUGGGAAACUUCCACAGUAGUCAAGUUGCUCAGCGUCACAUCAAAGAAAUUGUUUCUCAAGCCCAGCACCAGCAGGAGCAGCAACAGCAGCACGAGCAGCAACACCACUUCCAAAUAAAUCAGUCUGCAAGCUCAGCAGGUGCAGCAGGUACUGGUGCUGGCGGCGCAAGUACAGGUGCCACUGCUGGAGGUUCUGCUUCACUGACAAGCCAGGGAGCACAGUCGCCAGCACAGCACAUGUCGUCACUAACUAUGCAGCAUCAGCAACACUCCACACAGCAGCCACAGCAGCCACAGGCACAGCAGCAGCAGCAAUCUGCGUAUCAUGGCGGUCAACAGUACUUCACAUUUGCGCAAACACAAGCUCAGCCACCUUUGCUGCAGCAACAUCAGCAGCAGCAGCAGCAGCACAUGUUGUCAUGGCAAUCACAGUGGUCGUAGAUGGUAUGUCCUAGACGACCAGACUCCAGAAGUAUUGAGCGGCAUGGUUUGGAGAAAGAUGAGCUUCUAAACUUCACUUGCCUACUGGUGCCAAAUGACCUACUUCUGUUUCUGCAAGAUCACAAGUCUGCAAGUCUUCACUGUGUCUGUUGGUAAAGCCCAACAUCGAUGGUAAAGCCCAACAUCGGUGAGAAUCAUAAUGUGUACUGUCGGAUUCCCUACUUGUUUUCUGUCAUGUAUUUUACUUGCUGACUUCUAUCUUUACUGAUGUUGUGAGCCUUCCUACAGCCGCUUUGUCUGCUUACUCAGUUCCAGCUGCUUUAUCCAUGACCAUAGAUCCUCUUGCUUGCUUCUAGUCACCAUCUUCAUCACAAUCAGUAUCCAACAUCAUCCUGUUUAAUGCUAGCUGCCAUCAUUAUCCUCCUCCUCCUCACCUACACCCCCCCCCCCAUCAGAAUCACUACCCACCAUACUGAUGCAUAUCCCAUGGACACGUUGGUGGUUUUUCGGGACGCUCGCUGUAUCUGUUCCUAUUCUCUACUUUCUACUUUUGCAUUUGCUACAUCCAGGUGUUUGUCGUGUCGUUCCACUUGCUAUGCCACGCAGUGUCAUUCAUUUUAGCCAUUCUUCCAUGCAUUGCCUGAAAUAGCAUUUAGCUAGUUAGUCAAAUUUCUAGGUUUCUAGGUUCGUGUUUACAUGUCCCCCUCAGUGCCUCCACAACUCCAUUGCCAUGAAUCCUUUUCAAUCUGGUUAGGGGAGUUUCUUUGCCAUUGCUUGUCUCUUCAACCAUACACCAGUCUGCCAUUGCUUGUCUCUUCAACCAUACACCAGUCUGCCAUUGCUUGUCUCUUCAACCAUACACCAGUCUGCCAUUCUCGCUACCGCCUGCAUGUAAGUCUCAAGUGUCCAAACAUUACUUCUCUGACAGUAUCUGUGUACUCGUAUCCGUGCAAAUGAAACAUAUUUCUUCAUACUUUUUUCUGCUUAUUCAUUGUUACUUUCAUGUACACCUCCUCGAGAUCAUAGCCGCUACGCUUCACGUAUCCUGCCUUACACCAUUCCCUCGUGCAAUAUCUGUGUUUCUGUUUCCAUCCCGGCGUUUUCCCAGUUUGAGAAACAGUCCAGUAACCGUGUAAGAAUAGUAUAGCCACUUCAGUUGUCGUCACCGCCACCACCGCUGCGCCACUGCCACCCACUGCCACCACACUGCUGCUCAUCAUUGUCCUUUUUGCAGUUCUCAGCACUAGCCAUUGCUUCAAAGGCCUAGGCUACAAUCUUCAUCCAUUAUCCAUUUCAUCUUCAGCCUCGCUGCACUGAUCCUGCGCUGACAAACCUCUGAUCUCUUACUACAUUAUCAUUCGCCUGCUUUUUUCUUCUUAGCAAUCCAAUUUCGGAACUAGUCAAUCGGUGUUAUGAAAGUGCCACAAGGAGUGAAUGA